AUGAACGGUUCGAUCGUGUCAUGGCUUCUUCUUGCUAUAUCCACAACCUCCAUCUUCUCCAACAUUACUGGGGCUUCGGCUUCAGUCGAGUGUCUCAGUGUCGACCAGAGAUUGCUCUUGCUCGAGCUAAGAAACAGCCUCAUCUUUAACACCUCUAAGUCUUCCAAGCUAGUAAAGUGGGACCACCACAGUGCCAGUUCGUGGAGCGGUGUGACAUGCGAGGACGGCCUCAUCGUGGGACUCGAUUUGAGCGACGAGUCGAUCUCUGGCGGAAUCGACGGUUCGUCGAGUCUCUUCAGGCUUGAGUUCCUUCGGAGCCUGAACUUGGCGUUCAAUUACUUCAACUUCAUGGCGAUUCCAUCAGGCCUUGCGAAUCUCAGCCGCUUGGAACAUCUCAACUUGUCCAAUGCCAAUUUCACAAGUGGGGAUCGACUGGAACUUGAGAAGCCCAAUUUGAGGUCGCUGAUUGGGGAUUUGGGGGAGUUGAGGGAGCUAUACCUUGAUGGGGUCUAUGUGCCUGAAGAGGGAAGGGAGUGGUGCGACGCAUUGUCUUCUUCUGUGCCGAAACUUGAGGUGUUGAGCAUGUCAGACUGUUCACUGUCUGGUCCUUUUGAUGCUUCUCUUAUGAGUCUUGCUAAUCUAUCGGUCAUUCAACUCAAGCACAACUACUUGUCCACCACAGUUCCCAGCUUCUUAGCGAAUUUUUUCAGCUUGAAAACACUGAACCUAAGUAAUUGUGACCUGCAGGGAGAAUUUCCUGAUGAAGUUUUUCAGGUACAAACACUUCAGAACCUUGACCUAUCAUUCAACGAACUUCUUCAAGGUUCUCUACCCGAUUUUCCGGUGGAUAGUUCUCUUGAGACUAUGGUUCUGGGAAUCACGAAUUUUUCAGGGAGGCUUCCAGAUUCAAUUGGUGAUCUCAGAAAAUUGUCGAGAUUAGAUCUAUCUAAUUGCAGAUUUACUGGAUCAAUCCCGAGCUCGAUGGAGAACCUAUCAGAGCUGACUUAUUUGGACUUGUCUUCUAAUAAUCUUACCGGUUCAAUUCCGCCAUAUGGUGCAUCCAGAAAUCUGACCCAAAUAAUAUUAUCUGAUAAUAGUUUAACGGGUCAGAUCACCUCCGUUGGCUGGGAGAACCUUCUGAAUCUUGAAAUUUUGGAUCUGGAAGACAAUUCAUUGGAAGGUGACAUUCCCCCCGCCAUGUUUACACUUCCUCGACUUAAGAGGAUACUUCUUUCGCACAAUAGAUUUUCUGGUGAGCUUAUCAUAUAUCCGAAUGUCUCUUUGUAUCAACUGGGCUGGCUUGAUUUGGGUAGCAACCUGUUACAAGGGUCAGUACCAGUAUCGAUAUUUGAACUGCAAGGACUUACGUACCUCUCACUUUCUUUCAAUAAUUUCAGUGGCUCGUUGAAUAUUGAUGUGUUUCAGGGAUUUGGAAAUUUAACUUAUCUUGAUUUAUCGUACAGUGGCUUGUCCAUUAGUGCUAUGGUGUCUACUUCUACUGUUGCAUCCUCUUUCCCUAAAUUUCAUACUUUAAAUUUGGCUUCCUGCCAGUUGCAAACAUUGCCUCAAUUUUUGGCUAACCAGUCUGAUUUGGUAUUCCUUGACCUCUCCCACAAUCAUUUUCAUGGGGAUAUACCACGAUGGUUAUGGACACUAGAAAAUCUUUCGAAUCUCAAUCUUUCCUCUAAUGUCUUUGAAGAUUUGGAGACACCUCUACUCAAUAUUACUUCUCCUCUGUGGGUCAUCGACCUCCAUUCAAACAUGCUACGAUGGAAGAUGCCUGACUUGCCGUUACCCGUUCUGUACUUGGAUUUCUCGGAGAAUAAUAUCCAUGGGUCCAUCCCGAAGUCAAUUUGCAAAGCUAAUGAUCUUAAAGUGCUUGACUUAUCACGUAACAAUCUGAACGGAAUUAUUCCCGAUUGUGUAAUGACGGGGUCCCUCAAGGUAUUGAAUCUAAGAAAUAACCAAUUGAGUGGCAAUAUUCCUCAAAACAUCCUCGCACCACGCCUUCUGCAAGUAUUGGAUAUUAGUGAGAAUUUCUUGCAGGGCCAGAUUCCAUUGUCAUGGGCAAAUUGCACGAUGUUAGAGACUGUGAACCUCGGGGACAAUCAAAUAGACGGGACAUUUCCAUGCCAUUUCAAGGCUAUAUCGAGUCUCCGUGUCCUUGUUUUACGAUCCAACAAAUUGCAUGGGGAAAUUGGAUGUCCACAUAGUCCCAACGCCUGGCAAAUGCUUCAAAUCAUUGACCUGUCUUCAAACAAUUUCAGUGGCACAUUGCCUGCGAGUCUCUUGGCAUCUUGGGAGGCUAUGAAGGCCAAUGUAGACUUCCAUCACCUGCAGUAUGAGUUUGUUCUAUUUAGCAAUGUGUAUUAUCAAGAAACAGUUGGUGUAAUCGUGAAAGGUCUACAGCUAGAACUUGUCAAGAUCUUGACUACUUUCACGUCGAUUGACUUCUCGGGCAAUAGAUUGGAGGGUCCAAUCCCAGAUACACUAGCAGAUCUCAAAGCACUUUAUUUCCUCAACCUAUCGCAUAAUGCCAUCUCAGGUUCAAUUUCUCCUGUUUUAGGGAAUCUUCAUCAGCUCGAAUCGUUGGACCUAUCAUGGAACUACCUCAAUGGAACUAUACCGGCUCAGCUUGCGAAUCUUAAUUUCCUUUCAUUCCUGAACCUCUCAAACAAUCAACUUGUGGGAAGCAUCCCAGCAUGGAGACAGUUUCUCACAUUUUCCAAAAGUUCCUUCGAAGGAAACCUUGGAUUGUGCGGGUUUCCACUCGAUAAUAGUUGCUCAACUACAACAAAUGGGACACCGGAAGCAGGUAGUGUUCCCACUCAAAGUGGCAUAGAUGUUGGCGGCAACAAUGAUGAUAGCAAGAAGAAGUGGUUUUACAUGGGCAUGCCGCUUGGAUUUGUGGUUGGCUUCUGGGUAUUUUGUGGUCCAAUAGUGUUUAUCAGAUCAUGGAGGUUUGCUUAUUAUCGAUUCUGGGAUGAGGUGUUGUUCAGACACUCAAGUCCAUGA